UGCGUGCUGUUUCAAAGUUUGAGUCAGUCCGUUUCAAACCAAAUCACCGUCACAAGCGAGCACAAUCUCGACAUUUGGGCACAACAAGUCGUUUUUCAUGAAAGUGCAUUUUUUGCUUCCGCACUUAAGCAAUACUUGAGUAGAUGAAUAAGACGUUGUUUUUGGCACAAGUGAAAUUGGUGGAGGUGCAUCGAAGGAUUCUGUCCCUUAAACUAAACCUCAUCGCGAGUGAUGAUUAUGCAUGUGAAGUGAAUCUCCCUUUCGCUUCACUCUCACCCAACUUUUGAAAUUUGAAAUCUCUGUCUUAUGCAUGUGCGUAGUAUUGAUUGCCAUGAACUGCCGACACCAGACUCACGUCCACUCAGUGUGAUAGUUGGUAGAGACGACGACGGUGGUGGUGAUGGAAAACUGGUAUUAGUCGCAGGUAAAUCAGCAGCAUUUUGAAAUCUCUCUUCUUCCCUCAAUCAGCCUCACAAAUGCCAAGUCCUGGUGUGUUCUGGCUAACGGCAUGUUAAAACGUACCCAUAAAUCAGCUCGAUAAAUACAUACACAUUUGUGGAGAGCAGCUUUGUCUGAAUGUCCCACCUCUCUCGGGGUCAACAUCCAAGAACGAAAGACAUUUGAACAUUGUCCUGGUGUUUCUGCACCAUGGUUCGUGACCUGACGUCCUUCUUGUACAACUACAACGCCACUUAUGACCGGGCGAAGGACUGGAUUUACGAAAACCCUCCAAAGCAUUUUCCCUUCUUCUUUGAAGUGGCGGAUCUCGUGUGGUGGCAAAAUGUGAUGGUGGAUUACUGGCAAUUCCCCUUCGUUGUGUGCGUCGUCUACUUGACCACGGUGUUUGGGAUGGAGGGAUGGAUGAGAGGGAGGACGCCCUUCAAGCUCAAACGCUUCCUCGUCUGCUGGAAUGUCACGAUGGCCCUUUUGAACCUCUUUGGCUUCGUGAGACAGAUGCAAGAGCUGGUUCCCAUUCUGGCCAAACCCGACGGAUUUCACAGAUCUCUCUGCAUUCGAGAAGAACUCAAUUUGCCUACGGCAUUUUGGGGACUUUUCUUCUGCCUCUCAAAGUAUUUAUUUUUGGGUGACACCAUUCUCAUUGUCCUAACCAAGAAACCACUUCUCUUCAUCUACUGGUAUCACCACGCCAUCGCAAUCAUCGUUCCUUGGAUGAUAUUUCCAGACUCCGAACCGAUAUGCAGACACAUCGGGGGCUCAAACUUCUUUGUUUUGUUCUGCAUGUACUCCUACUUUGCUCUAAAGGGGAUGCACAUUAAACUGCCACGCCGAGCUGGACUCGUCAUUGCCAUUCUCCACGUUCUGGAAAUGAUGCUUGGAGCAGUGGUUCAAGUCUAUACGGCCCGAGAAAUUAUCAAAGGGAGAGACUGUGCGAGAACGAUGAACAGCGUCAAGUGGUCGCUCAUCCCGCACGUCUCCCUCCUCUUCUUCUUUGGACACCUCCUCCUCAAAAGUAUUCACAAGUCCAAGCCCAAAACCUUGUAACACGGUGACUGCGAGCGACCCAAUUCCUCACAACUUGCACUACUCGAUCGUAAAAUCCUGUAAAAUCUUUGUCAUCCGUUCGCAAAAAAAAUUAUAAUUACUUCUUA